AUGUAUGCGAUUCAGUUAUUUCUAUGCCUCAAAAUUCUAAUCCAAACCUUUACCUUUACAGCAUCUCAAUCCGUUACUCAUACUAAUUUGAACAUAGAAGUUCCCGAACUUAGGGGUGACAACUACAAAAUUUGGAAAGAAAGGGUUCUUCUCAGUUUAGGGUGGAAGGGCUUGGACUUUGCUAUCCAUAACGAGAAACCACCGGUCCCCGCUGAAGAUAGUACCCAAGAUGACAUUGCACUAUAUGAGCGAUGUAAUAAGUCCAAUCGGCUCAGUACAAUGUACAUCAAGGCGAAAAUAUCUGAUGGGAUUCAGGGUUCCGUUAGUGAAAAGCAUAAGGAUGUCCAAGCAUUGCUCAAGUCUAUUGACGACCAGUUCGUUACUUCAGAAAAGGCUUUAGCUAGCACCCUCAUCAUGAGAUUCUCCUCUCUCCGUCUCACUUCCGUCAAAGGUGUGCGUGAGCACAUCAUGGAAUUGCGGGACAUUGUGGCUCAACUUAAGACUCUUGGGGUAGAUAUGUCGGAUGAUUUUGUUGUGUACUAUGCUUUGUACAUCCUACCAUCACCGUAUGGACCUUUUAAAAUUUAUUAUAACACACAUAAGGAAAAAUGGUCCAUAAAUAAUUUAAUGACCAUGUGUGUUCAAGAAGAAGGAAGGUUGGUAAUGGAAAUGGGAGAAAGUGCCAUGCUGGCUACGACACACGAGAAGUCUAAAUCUGGCAAAUCUCGAGGUUCCACUUCUAAGGCUAAAGGGAAAGGAAAACUUUCACAAAGAAGGUGCAUAAGUGUUUCUUCUGUAAAAAGAAGGGGCACAUGA